AUGGAUCUGCUGCCUCUUGAACUGAAUAUCUGCAACAGCUCUGAACCUGGAGUCCCUCUGACCUCCAACAAGUGGCCACGACUGCAGAGCUUUUCUUAUACCAGCAUUAUCCUGCCCUCUGUGUUUAGCAUCAUCUGUCUCUUUGGCAUUGCUGGCAACUCUAUGGUCAUCUUUACAAUAGUGAAGAAAUCCAAGUUCCGUUGGUGCCAUAAUGUCCCAGACAUCUUCAUCAUCAAUCUCUUGGUGGUGGACCUCCUUUUCCUCUUGGGCAUGCCAUUCAUGAUCCACCAACUCAUGGGGAAUGGGAUCUGGCACUUUGGUGAAAUCAUGUGCACACUCAUCACUGCCAUGGAUGCCAACAGCCAAUUCACCAGCACUUAUAUUCUUACUGCUAUGUCCAUAGACCGAUAUUUGGCCACGGUUCACCCCAUUUCCCCUUCAAGAUUCAGGAAGCCCUUUGUCGCUACCUUGAUCAUCUGCCUCCUCUGGGCACUCUCAUUCAUCAGCAUUACUCCAGUAUGGCUCUAUGCCAGGCUCAUCCCAUUUUCUGGUGGUACUGGCUGUGGCAUCCACCUCCCCAAUCCAGAGACUGACCUGUACUGGUUCACCUUGUACCAGUUCUUCCUGGCCUUCGCUCUUCCCUUUGUAGUUAUUGUUGCCGCAUAUACACAGAUACUUCGACACAUGAAGUCCUCUGUAGUCCCAGCUAGCCAACGCAGUGUCCGGCUGAGGUGGAGAAGAGUGACAUGGAUCGCCAUUGCUAUAUGCCUUGUCUUCUUUAUCUGUUGGUCACCAUAUCACUUACUACAGUUGAUACAGCUGUCUAUCAGUCACCCCACCCUUAUCUUCUAUUACACAUAUAAUGCAGCCAUCAGCCUGCGCUAUGCGAAUAGUUUCCUCAAUCCCUUUAUGUACAUUGUGCUGUGUGAAACUUUUCGCAAACACCUGGUUCUCUCUGUCAAGCCAAUGGCACAGGAGUAGCACAAGUUCAUUCUGCCAUUACCAGAUAGCUGAUACCAGGCCAAAGAUUAAGAACACUUGACCUAAAAGGGACAGAGAGUAUGGUGACUGGCACCUCAAGUUCAGAAAGACUUUGAAUAGCUAGAGAAUAUUCCAAGAACAACAACAA